AUGUUAUCUGAAUCUUCAGUUUCUUUAGCUAUCGCAAAUAAUUGUAUUGAAGAAUCCUAUUCUUCUGAAAAUAGUCUUAGUACUAAUAAAUGGGAUUUACAUGAUUUUAGAUCUAAAAGUUUUAAACUAAUUUCUGACUCAAAAAACAAAUUUAAAAGGGAAAAAUUAGGUUCUGAAACUUCAAAUCAUACAUCUGAUAUACAAAAAAAUAAUAAAAAGGAGAAUUUAGAAACAUUUGAAGGGCUUGGAGUUCCAAAUUGGAUAAUAGAAAUAUGUAAAUCACUUCAGAUUAAAAAACCUACAAAGAUUCAACAACUGUGUUUACCCUCAGCCUUUAAGGGCAAAAACUUAAUCGGAUGCUCUGAAACCGGAACUGGAAAGACUAUUUGCUUCUGCUGGCCAAUACUUACAUCACUGGCGAAGAACCCAUACGGAGUUUACAGCCUAGUGUUAACGCCUACGAGGGAGCUGGCGUUUCAAAUCUCGGACCAGUUUAGAAUAUUCGGAGUUAACAUGAACAUCUUGGUGUUAUCAUGUGUCGGAGGGGUUGAUAUCGUUAGCCAGUCGAUAGAAAUGGAAAAGAGACCUCAUGUCAUUAUAGCAACUCCAGGAAGACUAGCAUACCAAGUUUCAAAUGCUGAACGUAAUUUAUCAAGUAUAUUUUCAAAUGUAAAGUACUUGGUUUUUGAUGAGUCCGAUAGACUAUUAGAUAUAACCUUUCAAGAACAUUUGAAGGAGAUUUUAAAGUGUAUUCCUAAGUCUUCUGAAGGAAGGAUUACAUUCAUGUUUUCAGCAACAAUUACAGACGCCAUAAGAACGUUGGCAUCAAAGAUUUCAAACACAAACUUCGAAUUCUACGACGCAACAGAAGAGUCAUCAAAAGUGCUAAAACUUAACAGAAAAAUCGAACACGAGUACUUAUUUCUACCUCAACAUGAACGAUUUUUAAAGGAUGAAAAGGACAAAGGAAUAAUUUUUACGUGUACCAAAAAAAGAUGCCAACUUGUCUCAUUAACCUUAGACCAACUAGAUUUUAAAGUAACAUGUAUACAUUCACUCAUGAAACAGUCUAAACGGACGGAUUCGCUAUCAAAAUUUAGGUCUGGGUAUUCCAAUUUAUUAGUUGCUACGGACUUGGUGUCAAGAGGAAUUGACGUGCCAGAAGUGGCGUUUGUAAUUAACCUCGAUUUUCCAACUACACCAUCUGAUUACAUUCACAGAGUUGGAAGAACAGGAAGAGGAGGAAGACAAGGUAUCGCAUUUUCAUUCAUUGAUGAGUUUGAUGUUGACAAGGUUAAGAACGUUGAGAAUUCAGUGGAGAUUAGGCUUAAAAAGUAUGAAAUCAAGGAUAAAGAGGCUGUAAAACUAUUAAACAAGGUAACUGUAGCUACUCAAAAGGCUCACAUAUUCUUACAAGAGCGGGAGUAUAAAUGA